UUAAGUGGAGUUGCUGCUAAAUAUAAUGUGUCUGAUUUUAUCUUCAUUAUAUGCAACUGACUCCCCCCAAUCUUGCUUUGAAUUGCCUUUGACUUGCUAAAAUCAGCUCAUUGAAGUACACAUAAUGCAUUAAAGGACAAAUGUCAUCUGAUUUUUAAUUAGUGACUCAUAAAUUGCUCCAAUUCAAUAUAUUUUUUAUGAAGAGUUCUUGAUAAAAAAAAAGCCUUCAAAUAUUUCAAUAUCCAGCUCUUGUAGAAGCAUUGCCAACUCAAUUUUCCAUCAAACAACAACAAAUAAGUAAUGAAAGGGCUUUUUGAAGAAAACGUGAUAAGCAAUGAGACCAGAAAAGAAAUAAAGGAAGAUGACUUUGAUACAAUGGCUAUAUUGGCAAUGUUGCCUGAUGGAGCCACCAUUGAUUGUCCAAAUUAUAAAAUAGACGAUGUUGCUUUUGGAGAACAAUUCAAGCUUCCAACCAAAAACAACAUUGAUGCAAGCUUAUGUCUUGGAAAAUAUAACCCAUCUUUGGGCACAAGCAAUAGAAAAAGGUCUAACAUUGUUGGUCGUAGACAAACUUCAAAUCUUAUACCAUUUGAAAACAAAACCCACAUUUCAAUGGAUACUAUUGAGCCUAUUAAGUUGAACAAUAAAACAUUGAUUCCAAAUGGACUUAAUAUAAUGAGGUAUAAGAAUGAAGUUGACAAUGACAAAAUCAACAUAGAAAAUAAAUGUGUAAAAGAGAAUUCAAAUUAUACUACAUUAUCAAACAUUAAGGAAGACUUGGAUAAUAACCUUGGGAUACUCUUGGAAGAUGACGAUUCCAAAAAAGACCUAAAUUUGAAUACAUUUGAUCAGCACAAGCACAAAAGUUUCUCAUGUGAAGGAGAGAGAACAGAUUUAAUUUGCAAGUUUAGAGAAAAAAAUGAUGAAGUUAAUUCAAAAAAUGAAUGCAUAGCAUGCAUUAAAAACACGCAAGAUGAUUUUGCAACACAAUUCAAUGAGAAGCACAAUGUUGAAGAGUUUUCAACAAACAAGACCACAAACUCUGUAGUUGAAUCUUUCAAAUCCAUAAUAAAACCAAAAUAUCAAAAAGAUGAACACAAUGAAAAACUAAAGGAGCUUGAAAUGGUCAAGCAAGAAAAUAAAAAACUGAAAAUUGAGGUUCUGAGUUUCGGAAGAAUUUGUUUACAACUUGAAAAACAAAAUGCUGAUGUUGGAACUAAAAUUGAAGAGAAGUUGAUUAAAGAGUAUGGGAUUCUCAAAGAAAGAUCACAACACUUGGCUUCACAAAUUCAACUGGAUGUACAAUUGAACAAAGAGAAUUCAAAGGGUUUAAGAGAACAUUUUAAGUCACUCCAAAAUAUUCAUACAAAAGAAAUCGAAAUUAUCAACAAUUCGUACCUAGCAAAAUCGAAUGAAAAGGAAAAAAAUUCAAACAAAGAGAUGCUCAUUGUAGACGUUUUGAAAAAGUUAGCUGCAAGUGCCAAUUAUUGGUCCAAAAAAUUCAAAGAAUUCAAAAACAUACAAAAAUCUAAGAAACAAGUGUAUGCAAAGAAUAAAAGAGCAUGGAAUAAAUUAAUGGGUGAAGUAAUGCUUGAGCAUCGAUCCAUUAUGAACUAUGACAAGCAUCAAACAAUUGAGAAUAAAAAACUGUUGGAAAGAAUUUCAGGUACAUUGGAAUCAUUUAUACAUGAGGUGAAAAUAGGACUCCUUCAUCAACAAAGCCAUUUCCAAUCCCCAAUUGAGACACAAGAGCUAAAAUGUAUACAACAAAUGAUGGAGGAUAAGAAGCAAAGGGAAGAGGUGGAGAGGGCGAGGGCCAUGGCCUCAAGCAUUGCCAUGGACAUCCAAGGCUUUGUCGCGGACCUCGAGCUUCAACGAGAUGCAGCCAUGCUUCAUGUCUUUCAGCUUCAGACUGAGCAGCUGCUUCACCGAGCUGUUGGGUGGCAGCACCUCCACGUUUCUCAAAACCAUGUCCAGCAAGGUUGCGUUCACACUGCCCCAAAGCACCCCAAGAUUCAAAGGGCAUUUAUUGAACUACUAGAAGCACAAGAACACUAUCAAGACCUACAAAAUAGUAAAUCAGCAUUGCAAAGGCAUCGACUUUUACUCAAAAUCUAGUGAUUCAAAAAUAUUGAGUUUAAAUACAUGUAAAUUUUAAUACUUGAAAGAAAAUAUUAAAAAUAUAUAAAAAUCAGAAGAAAGAAUGAUCGUAUGCACCACAUUCUAAAUGAAUUUAACAUCAUUAUUCUAACAUCAUCCUAUUAAGAUAAAUAUAUUCAUGUGUGCUUUUGAUAUGAGAUUUAAGAAUAUUGUACUCCCCCCCCCCAAGAAAACAGAUAUAAAAAUAGAAAUAUAUAUUAUUCUUGUUGGUAAUAGGAUCAAUAUUUACUGAUUUGUUUUUGAUAUUAUGAAUAUAAUUUACGUUUUGUAUUGAUUUUUGUUUAUAAAAGCCUAUAAAUGCGUCCAAAAUGAAUUAAUAAAAUGGAGAAGUUUGAAUAAAUUAGCACGAAAAACAUUCUUCAAUAUUAAAUGAAUUGUAAUGUAACCGUGCAUUUCAUGUAUCCAUUCAUACUGUUUUUUGUAGAACAGUUGCAAUUAUAAAACAUGUGAUGAAAAAGUACAUGGAAGAAAUGUAUCAAAGAGCCCACUGUUAUGUAUGGAUUCAAACCAGUAUUUGUAUUGUAAAUAUAGACAUGACAAGGAUUCUCUAUAUUUGCAAGAACAAAAUAAUUUCCUUUUACAAUCUCAUGCUAGAUUAGAAAAUUCAUUACAAGCUGCCAAAAGGUUUAUUAUUUGAUGUGAUUCUAUUGGUGUUUUUGAUUACAUGUUACAAAUAAAAUUGUAAUCAAUGUCUCUAACUUUGAUAGCUAGCUUAGUUCCAAGAGUAUGUAUACGAUAUUUUCAUAAUUAUUAAACCAUAAUUGAUUUUCAACUCUUUAUGCCAUCAAAUGUUGCAUAUAUUUUCUUCAAGUUAAAAUAAUAAUUUAGUUAUUAAAUUAGAUACAUCAUAACAAUUUUAAGAUAUUAAUUUUUUUAGUUACCACCUUUAAUUUUUCAGAACAACUCAUGUUCAAGUAAGUCAACAAUAUUUGAAUAUAAUAAAAGCAUCACUUCU